AUGUCUAAACAAUCAGUUAAGACCUAUACUAUAGGAAUAAGCCCAUUACAUUCUUCAUCUUACAAUACGUAUCGUACUGAAAUUCCAACAAGUAAUAAUAAUAACCAGAUUAUGGUUCCAGAAUCAAUUCCAAUCGAAAAGAAUACAUUACCUUGUAUGUAUGUUAUUGAAUCUAAACCUACAGAUCAAAUUGUCGAAGAUUCACAAAAUGACGCUUAUCAAAUAGGCAUAAAUGAAACAUUCAUCAUUGAGCAAACAAAUGAUGAAGACAAUUUCACAACUAAUUAUAGUACUUUUACACAUACAUUAACAGAUGAUCCAAGUUCUGAUAAAGAUCGUGUACGUGUUAUUAUUCGUGUUCGACCCAUGAAUAAUAAAGAAUAUGCCAGUGAUAAACAACCACAAAAAGUAUUACAUUGUGUUAAUGAAAAUUCUAUUGUGUUUGACGGAGGUCAACAUAGUCGUCGAUUUGCUUUUGAUAGUGUCUUUGACGAAGCAUCAACACAAGAAGAAGUAUUUCAUUAUAGUGGUGUUAAACGUUUAGUUGAUAUGGCUAUUGAUGGAUAUAUUGCAACUUGUUUUGCAUAUGGACAAACAGGUAGUGGAAAAACACAUACAAUGAUUGGAGCUGAAGGUGCUUCUAUUUUUCGUAUGGAUAAAAAUUAUCGUGCAAGAAAUCUUGGUGUAGUACCACGUUCAAUAGAUUAUUUAUUUCAACGAUUACGUGAUAAAACAAUGGAAACAAGUUCACCAUAUUAUAUUCGUGUGUCUUAUUGUGAAAUAUAUAAUGAACAAAUACGUGAUUUAAUACGUCCCGGCAAUCCAGAUAGUUUACAAGUGCGUGGUUCAGUUGAAGAAGGAUUUUAUGUUGAAAAUCUUUAUCAUACAUAUAUUGAAACAAUCGACGAAUUAUUAACUAUACUUGAAGAAGGUGAAUUAAAUCGAGCUAUGGCUUCACAUAAACUUAAUGAAACAUCCAGUCGUAGUCAUGCUAUGCUUUCAAUUCAAAUUGAACAAGAUCUACCAGAAUAUAAUGAUGAAAAUGAACAAAUGACUCGACAAGGAAAAUUAGUUUUUGUUGAUUUAGCAGGUAGUGAAAAAGUAAAACAAAGUCAUUCUAAAGGCAAACAACUUGUUGAAACAAAUAAUAUUAAUAAAAGUUUACUUACACUUGGUACUUGUAUAUCUGCAUUAAGUGAUCCUAGUAAACGUGCUGGUCAUAUACCAUAUCGAGAAUCAAAACUAACUCGACUUUUAGCAGAUAGUUUAGGUGGACAUGGUAUAGCUUUAAUGAUAGCUUGUAUUUCACCUUCGAGAAUAUGUGAAAAUGAAAGUUUAAAUACUUUACGUUAUGCAAAUCGUGCAAAAAAUAUUGAAAAUGUUCCAAUAGUAAAAACUGAUUCGAAACAAAAUGUUAUUAAUCGUUUAAAACUUGAAGUUCGUAAAUUAAAAGAUGAAAAUUAUCAAUUAAAAAAAAAAUUAGGUGGUCAACCGCCUAAUAAUUUACCCACCCUUAAAAAUCGAAAUUAUGAUUCAGGUUCACAAACAUCCAUACGUUCAUCAGCAAGUAGUGAUUUACAAAAUACUAGAGGCCCAUACAAUGGUACACAAACACAGAAAAUACGAACACAUCAUGAAAUAUUAACACGUGAAAAUGAUAAACUUGCAAAACAAUUAUAUCAACGUGAUCAAAAACAAGGUCAGCCAAAUGGAAGACGUAUUAUCGUUAUUGAAGAAGAUGAACCAGAGGAAGAAGAAGCAUAUUCACCAAGAAAUCGCCAAAGUAGUAAAAAUAAUACGCGUCUACCUGAUGAAGAAUUAUUGGAACUUGUACGUCGCCCAUCAUAUUUAAAUAGAUAUCGAACUGAACGUAAUAAAAAUUCAAGUGGAAAUUCAUCUCAACAACGUAAAACAACUGUUGUGCGGCGAGCAACAUAA